GUCCAAAUCUAAUUCAGGUUAAUUAAAUAAAAAUUAUGAUACGAAUACGAAUUCAAACUUGAAUAAUAUGCUGUAUAAUUUGAUUAAUUUACAAACCUUUUAAUUUAUUACCUUUACCUUUUACCAUUACCGUGACCAAGCUCUUAUUCUUUGGGUUGUUUUUCCUGUUCCACAGUUAAAAAUGGAUAAAAUUGUUGUUUUUGGUUCUACCGGCAUGACUGGUUUAUGUGUGGUGGAGUCAGCGCUUAAAAAAGGAAUUCAGGUUAGAGUACUAGUGAGAGACCCCACAAGGCUCCCUGAUCAUAUACGACAACAAGUAGAGGUGUUCCAAGGCAAUACACUAAAUUAUGACGAUGUUUUGAAGGCUGUAAAAGAUAUCAAAGCAGUAGUGUGCACUUUGGGGACUGGAACAAACCUUCAACCUACCACCGACUUGAGUAAUAGCUUAAAAAACAUUUUAAAAGCUAUGCAAGAGACAAAUGUUGAAAUUAUAUCAGUCUGUCUAUCAGCAUUUUUGUUCCCAGAGUAUUCCGGUGAUAAAACACCUCAAAUUUUUAGAGAUCUUACUGAAGAUCAUCGCAGAAUGUACGAAGCUUUAAAAGAGUCAAAUCUGAAGUAUAUUGCAGUAUUUCCUCCACACAUUGCAGGUUCACCUGAAUCUUCAUACAAAGUGGGACAUGAUCAGUAUCAAGGUAGAGCGGUGUCUAAAUAUGACCUUGGCCGAUUUUUAGUUGAUUCCUUAGAACAACCAGAACAUUACUGUCAUGUGUGUGGAAUUGUAUCAGUGUAAAUGUUAAUUUAAAUUAUGUAUAGUAAGAAUCAAAACAAAAUUUAUAUUACUUUUCAAACUUUAUUGUAUUCUUUUAAAGAAUUAAAUAUAUUUCAUACAAAAUA